CACACUUUAGAAAUGUCCUAUAAACAGAGCGAGGACGCAGGGACACAGACCACUGUAGCAGCCAAAGUCUUCAGUUACUUUUACUAAAAGUAAUGAAAUCCUGACGGAAAUUUGAACUUUCAGACGAACAGAAUCAACUUUGAGCUCGGAUUCCAUAUGGCGGCUACCGGGGGGCCUAUACUGGGGGCCACCAAUCCCACGGUGAACUACGAGGACUUCUACGUCUAUGGCUACAUGUCUGAUGAUGAACUGAUGCAGCUGGCAAUUGAGCGCAGUCUCACUGAGACCCACAACAACUCCACAACAUCUUCAGCUGAAAACGCCAGAAGCACCAUUCCUCAGAGCAGGACAGAGAUUCCUCGGCCGAGUCAGCACCAGACACUGCAACUUGCUCUGACUCCACCCCCUUGUCCUGCAAACCCACCCAGGGACAGAAAGGAUCAGCUGUCUGUAAUCGUGAGCCACUUCGUCACGGGUUACGGGAAGAGAAUGGUGGCGUAUCGGACAUUUGAUGGGACUCUGAUAGAAGUCAAACCCGAGGCGGAAGAAGACGUGGAUCCUGUGGUGAAGGCAAUCAGGGAAGGAGACAUCGGUACUUUGAGAAGACUGAUAAAAAAUGUAGACUGUAACCUGCUGAUGCCGAACGAAUACGGCUGGAUCCCGCUGCACGAGGCUGCGCACUUUGGCCAGGAGCAGUGUAUUAAAGAGCUCCUGAGAGUGCAACCUGGGAUGAUUAACAAGCGCACGCCGAAAGAUCAGACGGCGCUGGUGCUAGCUGUGGUGAGAGAGAAGCAGGAGUGUGUGGCGUGUCUCCUGGAGAAAGGUGCAGAUCCUGACAUCGCCAACAAGGACAAGGAGACGCCGCUGUAUAAAGCAUGUGAGAAGGAAAAUGCUGCGAUUGUGGCCAUGCUCCUGAAUCACAAUGCAAUGGUGAAUAAAAGCUGCAUCCAAGGCUGGACGGCGCUGCAUGAGGCCGUGUGUAGGAACAACGUGGAGAUCUGUGAGAUGUUAGUGAAGGCAGGGGCAAAAAUUAGCACGCCCAACAUCUACGGCAUCACCCCCAUCUUUGUAGCAGCUCAAAGUGGGAACAUAGAUACGCUUCGCUUCCUCCUAAAGAACGGAGCUGAUAUCAACAGCCAGGCAGCAGAUGGAGCCACAGCACUUUAUGAAGCCUGUAAGAACGGUCAUGUGGAGAUCGUGGAGUUCCUGCUGUCUCAAAAAGCUGAUGCUAACAAACCGGGAAAAACUGGACUGCUGCCGAUCCACAUAGCAGCUCAGAGAGGAAACAAUGGUGGAAGUAGCCUGACUGGUUCACACACUGACCUCUUCACUUUCGGCUCAGCACACAAAACUGACAGGGCGCUUCAAAUUGUGACAAUGCUCAUCCCAGCUACCAGUAAGUCCCGUGUGAGGCGCUGCGGUAUCAGUCCUCUGCACCUCGCUGCAGAGCGAAACCGAGAUGAGAUCCUCGAGGUGCUCAUCGAGUCCGGGUUCGACGUCAAUGCCAUGCUGUCUGAGGACCGCAGGACCAUGUACGAGGACCACCGCAGCACCACCCUCUACUUCUCCGUAAUCAAUAACAACAUCGAAGCCACCAGAAUGCUGCUGCAGGCCGGCGCCAACCCCAACCUGGACACAUUCAGCCCUCUGCUCAUAGCCCUAAGGCAGGGCUGCAUGAGUACCAUGACCUUACUGGUGCAACACGGUGCUAACGUCAAUGCCUACAUCCCCAUGCACCCCACCACCUUCCCUGCCACCAUCAUGUUCUGCAUGAAGUACCUUGUCAUGCUCAAGUACCUGAUGGACAACGGCUGUGACGCGCUAUCAUGUUUCAGCUGUGUGCACGGCAGCAACCCUCACCCACCUCUGAAAACGAUUCACAGCGAGAGAAGUUACAGAGACAAUCAACCCAUGUUACAGAGCACCUGCACCCAGUUCUGUGAAGUGGUCUCCAUGGACAUGUACAGCCGCUGGGCAGGACCCAUCAUAGACGUCCUGCUGGAUUACGUAGGUGAAGUGAAGCUCUGCUCCCGACUCGUCGAACAAUUGGACAGUUACCCAGACUGGGCCAGUAUCAAGGAGAAAGCAACGCCUCCGCGGCCGCUCAUGCAGCUCUGCAGGCUGAAGAUCCGACAGCUGAUCGGAAAUCACAGACUGAACAAAAUCAAAAAGUUGCCCGUUCCUGGACGACUGAUCAAGUUCCUGAAUCAUGAGGAACGAACAAAAGAUUAUUGAGCCUCGAUAAGUAUGAGAGAAAACACAGAUGAUUAAAAAGCUAUAAAUAAAUAAAUAAAUAAAUAAAUAGAUAGAUAGAUAGAUAAAUAAAUAAAUAAAUAAAUAAAUAAAUAAAUAAAUAAAUAAAUAAGCAACAACACAUUUAUGCUAUACAGCACUGUGCAAAAUUCAUAGGCUUGCGCAAUCUCUACAGUUCUUCUGGAGGCUUGAUUCUGUUUCUGCUUCUAAAACCAGAACAGCUUUUAUUAUAUUUGCAUUCAGAAAAUGACUGAAUAUAUUAUUUCUGUAAUAAAACACAUACUUUUCUUCAUGCCACAGCUGGAACUCCACUUCCCAGAUGGCAUUUAAACAUAGAUACAGCAGAAUACAAACAACACUUUUCCCAACUACCCACAGUACUGACACACCUGUUCCCAAUCUCACCCUCCAUCUUUACAUACACAGAUCCUCACUAGACUGAUCAUACCUUUGUGUGGCUGCUGUCCUGAUUUUUGAUCUGGCUUUGCUUCCUGGUUGGUUCCUGUCUCUGAUUUGCUGUUUACUGAUCACCUGAUGAUUUGUUUGUUUUUGAGAUCGCUUCACAUUUUGUAUCUAUGCAACCGCAACCGCAUUCUUCUCGGACUCCAUCUCAUGGCAUCACCAUCUUCAAGGAUACAGCUGGAUUCAUGGUGCACCACCAUUGUGGCCCAUGCAGGGCAACCACUUCAUAGAACAACAACAACACCUGGCUGUGCUUCAAGAUAAACUGAACAUGUUCACCACCAUCUUCAACACUUUGUCCCUCAAAGAUCCUUGGCUGUAAGAAUCUCUGAGGGAAAAGGUUUUCUACAACAGUGUUCCCUGUACUUCUCGGGUCAGCAGCUGGUUUCAGAUUAAAAACUUUACACACAAAGCCAUCAAGUGGGCCAUUAUGGCCAAUAAAGGAGGAGAAUUGCUGUCUUCUUAUAACAUAUCUCAUGUUUCAUAGAAAUAUUUCAGCGAGUGUUUGACCAAACCCCUGAGAGAAGAAUGUCACUGUAAUGAGGAGGCAUACGGCUGUGGAUCCAUUUGCAGCUUAGUUUUAAUAUCGAUCAAGAAGAGUAGUCAGACAGGCAAUGGUCAGGACGGGCAGAGGUACAAAUAUCAGAGCAAAGGCAAAAUCAGAGUCGAAAACAGGCAAAAGGUCGGGACAGGCAGAGAACAGUCAGAAGAGUCAGAAACAAGAAACAGAGUAAUACCAGGAAACCAGAACACAGGAAAACGCUCAGAAUGACAGUACAGGGACUAGUCGAGACCUCGCACAGAUGUCAAGUUCAUGAGUGGUUUUAAAGGGAGUGGAGAUGAGAAACAGGUGGCGGUGAUAAUGAGCGUGAUAGGUGGAUAAUGGGAGGUGUAGUCCAGAAGCGCGCUAGUACUCCGGAGACGCGUCUCAUUGGUGACGCUCAGGCGGCGGCUCGUAGUUCGUGACAGUCACACUCUCGCUGCUUAAAGUGGAUGAAAUGAACUGAAACUCAAAGCCACUCUCGGCUCAGCCAGGAAGUGCUCACAGAACUGGCACAUAAUAUCCUGUCACUCAAUUCACUGAUGGAUCUAAACAUUCAUCUGGAUCAUCUUCUCAGCACUCAGCAAAUUCCUAAGUACAUGGGGAACCGAGAUCCUGUAAUUGACUCCCUUGACCCAGUGCAACUCUAAGGAACUCACCAGGCUCAAGAAAGAAUUUAAAGGCCUUCAAACAUGGUUGUGGGUCAAGAGCACAGUACUGUAACAGGUUGAUGAGAAAUGUCCAGGUUUAUGGGAUUACUAUUAAAUUGAAUAAACCAAUCUCUUUAGCAGUACUUGAAUCAGGUAAAUAGACAACAGGCUUAUAUCUAUGAGACUGAUAAGGGCAUAAAGAUCUUGGACUAUGACCGAUGAUUUGAAGGUUAUUGUGAAAAAGGUCAGCAGUACUGUCACACGUAUUGCCUUGUGGAUAUCUGCUCUUCAGAAGAUGGCAGAAGAGGAAUUCCUUCAGAGGAACCGCACUCAAGUCCAAUUCCAGGAUCUUCAACCAAUGCAAACAUCUUCAACUAAUGCCAACAUCUCAGUUUCACACCUCUGUCUCAAGCUCAGAUGCUAUCACAACAACUGUUCAUGUAAAAAGUUCAAAUCAAGAAGUUCAACAUCCCCUCAAUAUUCAUGCCAGAGACUGGGGGUCCAUGGGAAGCAGAAUGGUGACGCUUUGCACUAAAACCCUUUUGCUCCAAGUCAGUGCCAUCCAUCAGGAAAACAGCUUUCCUGGUUAUGCUCACCUAGAACAUCUACAACAAUGGCUCAACAAAGUAACUUAUUCAAUGAUCGACCCCAUGGAGAAACUCCUAAUUCCAGCCCCAAGAUCCGCUGUUGUAUCAACAAUGUCGCAUACAAGAUAGACCUACCACAUCACAGUGGGCUCUCACCCUCUUCUCAAUUUUCAUCUUUCAUAUCUUAAGCAUGUUAUUUCUGGACCUCCACAUUACCUCAUUACUCAUGCCACAAAAAUGCUGAUCAGUGACCAGCUUUGGUUUCUCUCUGGCACAUGAACUCACCCGAGUAGUGACGAGACUCACCUGUUUCCAGUCUCAGCCUUUAUUUACACCCUGAGUGACCAAACAGAAAGCUUUCUUUCUGCUGCUCGCCAGAUUUUUUCUUUUUUUGCACCUAUAAUUAACAUUCUAAACUGCAUACAACUCUGAUUCUGUCACGUACUUUAACUCUGAGAAAAAUAAAUCUGAUAAUAAAAAAACAAUCUUAAAGUUACUCAUUAUUUCUCAGUUUAGAUGAUUUAAAUUAUUAGUAUAAUUGAUACAUAUUAAUAUUCAUUAUAUAAACAAUGAUUUUUGCAUAGUGUCGACUGUAUCGUAUUGUAAAUAGCUUUAUGCAUUCGUUUAAAUCAGAUAUGUGACAAUAUUAAAGUAAAAAAGAAACACAGCACGAACUGGGGAAAAAUCUGAGAUGUAAAAAUAAAAGCCACAAUGUUUUCUGUCAUUUGCCACAUGUACGUAUUAUACUGCAGAUAUAUUAUGUGUGUAUAUAUUCAUUAUGCCAUUUAUAUGUACAGAAUGUGUGUUGAGUCAAAUGGAUUGUAGUUACGAUGCAAUAUAAGACUGAUUUGCACUUUGUUAUAGAUAGACACUAAUUUCUAAUCUUAUAAUAAUGAUAAAAAGUUACUUCUUACAUUUUUUAAUGCUUCUUUAGUUUCUUGCUUUAUACACACUUAAAAAUAAAGGGGUUUUUACACUGAUGCCAUAGAAGAAAUAAUUUUGGUUCCUCAACGAAACUUUUUAAAUGGUUGUUAAGAGCACAGGGGCAAGGUGGCUUAGUUGUUAGCACGUUCGCCUCACACCUCCAGGGUUGGGGGUUCGAUUCCCACCUCCGCCUUGUGUGUGUGGAGUUUGGAGUGUAUGUUCUCCCCGUGCCUUAGGGGUUUCCUCAGGGUACUCCGGUUUCCUCCCCUGGUCCAAAGACAUGCAUGGUAGGUUGAUUGGCAUCUCUGGAAAAUUGUCCGUAGUGUGUGAUUGCGUGAGUGAAUGAGAGUGUGUGCCCUGCGAUGGCUUGCCACUCCGUCCAGGGUGUAUCCUGCCUUGAUGCCCAAUUAUGUCUGAGAUAGGCACAGGCUCCCCGUGAAACGAGGUAGUUCGGAUAAGCGGUAGAAAAUGAGUGAGUGAGAGUGUUAAGAGCAUGUUUUUUUUUUUAUUUAAUGCCAUAAAGAGCAAAAGUUUUUUAUUUAAUGCCAUAAAGAGAAAAUUUGAAAUUUCUAAAGAACCUUUUCUACUAAAAUAGAAGAUUAUUUGCAAUGGAAAUGUUCUAUAGAUGUUAAAGGUUCUUUAGAGAACCCUAAAGAAAAGAACCUUUAUUUUUAAGAGUAUAGAAGGUGCAAGUGUAACCUUUAUUGGCAUAUAACGUAUAUA